AAGGUUAUCCCUUCGAUGAACCGACUCAUCAAUCCAAGUUCUUACCUUUCUUUAAAGGCUACGCUUUAAUCUUUGUGAAGGCCGCAACGGUACCGGUACACACUGAGUCCACGCGCCUUUUUCAGCACCGCCACCAAUGUCAGAGGGCAUAUUUCCAUUUCAUUAAAUCGUCGCCAUUCCAUUGCAUCCGCUGGCAAUUGAGAAGAGGGCAAUCAAAGAGAAACGGAUAUGGGGCUUCUUUCCAACAGAGUUGAUCGGGAGAGCUUGAAACAGGGUGAUCAUAUCUACUCUUGGAGGGCCGCUUAUAUCUAUGCUCAUCAUGGUAUCUAUGUUGGAGAUGGAAGAGUUAUUCACUUCACCAGAAGAGGUCAAGAAGUAGGAACCGGGACCGUGCUUGAUGUCUUACUCGUAAGUUCAGGACCUGCUCAAUCUUUUGUGCCAUGCCCUACUUGCAUUCCUCUAGAAGAAGGGAAUGGGGUUGUCUCUUCUUGCUUGAACUGUUUUCUUGCUGGUGGAGUAUUGUAUCGUUUCGAGUAUGGUGUCAAUCCUGCUCUUUUUCUGGCCAAAGCUCGAGGUGGAACUUGCACCCUUGCAAGCUCUGACUUAGAUGAUCUUGUGGUCCAUCGAGCAAAAUACCUACUAGACAAUGGUUUUGGAUGCUACAAUGUGUUCAAGAACAACUGUGAAGACUUUGCAAUAUACUGCAAAACUGGACUACUUGUGGUUGAUCAGAGCACCAUGGGACAAAGUGGGCAAGCAGUUUCAAUCAUCGGAGGACCUCUUGCAGCUGUUCUUUCAACGCCACUCCGUCUCGUGACAACCAACGUCUAUGGAAUGGCAGUGACAGCCGUUGGGGUGUACUGUGCUAGUAGAUAUGCUGCUGAUAUUGGGAUGAGAAAGGAUGUGAUGAAGAUACCUGUGGAGGAUUUGACACAUAGGCUGGCCACCAACCUUAUCCAGGUGGUCGAACCGCAGAUUUUACCUGCAAUGGCACCGGAGUCUCACCUGCUUACGGCCAGAUAAUUUAAAACUACCAUCUAGUUUUAAAAGGAAACUGGUGUGAUGAAGAUACCUGUCGUUGUUUGUCUAGUUUUAAAAUGGAAGUACUGUUGUGAAAUGUAACUCUUGCAAACAAAAGAUUUGUGCCAUUUUGGAAGUUAUUUAAGAGGUCUAUAAUUUAUUGGGGAAACGUGUAUUUUAUGAGAGGUCUGUUUGACCAUAAUCAAUACAAGAAGUUGAUAAUUUCCAUCUUUGGAAGA